CAUGGCAUGAGCAGCUCAUCUAUUUAAACCGCCAUCGUUCUUACAUUAGAACCUUGCUUCAAGAAAGCCCACCGGCUUCACUUUGCCUGAUUCCCCUCAUAGUCUCUACGUUCACAGAUCCCAUCCCCAAGAUCAACCAUGUCUGUUGUCCCCGAUUCCGUGCUUCCCCUCCCCCCAACCGAUGAUUACUUCAAUCUGGGCGCCUACACCCGCAAGAUCAGCACCGCCAACGAAUCCGCGCAGAUCUGGUUCAACCGUGGGCUCAUCUGGAGCUAUGCCUUCAACCACGCCGAGGCGUAUCGAUGUUUCGAGCAGGCCAUUGUCCACGACCGCACCUGUGCCAUGGCCUACUGGGGACUGGCCUAUGCCGCCGGGCCCAACUACAACAAAGCAUGCCGCCUCUUUGACCCCAUCGACCUCGAACAUACCAUGAAGCUCUGCCACAAGGCCAUUCACCAUGCCCAUGCCCUCCUCGAAACCACCUCAGCUACCCCACUUGAGCAAUCCCUCAUCGAAGCCAUGCAGACACGCUUCCCCACCCCUCAUCCCAGCCCUGAUUACACCCCCAUCAACGACGCCUACUGCCACGCCAUGCAGGCUGUCCAUGCCCGCUUCCCCAACGAUAUCGACGCCAUCACCCUAUACAUCGACGCCCAAAUGCACACAGCCCAACGCAAAAUGUUCGACAUCAAAUCCGGCCUUCCCAUUGCCUCCUCCCCCGUCCACACCCUCCAACACCUCUUCACCACCACACUCCUUAACCACCCCCAGGGCUCCUCCCACCCCGGCCUCCACCCCUUCCACGGCCCUCCGCGCCGCCGACCUCCUCCGUGACCUCGUCCCCGACGCUGGCCACCUGCACCACAUGCCCACCCACCUCGACAUCCUCGUCGGGGACUACCGUCGCGCAAUCGCCUCCAACACAGCCGCCGUGCACGCCGAUAACAAAUACCUGGCCCUUCACGGCGCCAAAAACAUGUACAGCUUCUACCGCCUCCACGACUACCACUCGCUCAUCUACGCCGCCAUGCUCUCCGGCCAACGCCAAAUUGCCCUGCAAGCCCUCGACCCCAUGGAAUCCACCCUGACCGAGGACAUCCUCACCACCCAAUCGCCCCCUCUAGCCGAUUGGCUCGAGUUCUUCAAAUCCGUUCGCGUCCACGUCUACAUCCGCUUCGGGAUGUGGGAUGAGAUCAUCGCCCUUCCACUUCCCCCGGCCGAGAAACAAGACCUGUACUGCGUGACCACGGCAAUGACGUACUACGGAAAGGGAAUCGCCUACGCGGCAACACGAAACCUUACCGACGCGGACAUCCAACGCGAACUAUACCUCGCUGCCGCAAACCGGGUCCCUGAGUCGAGAAGAGAUUACCCGAACCGAAUCGUGGAUGUCAUGAAGGUGGCUACGGCUAUGUUGAACGGGGAGAUUGAGUACCGACGGGAUAAUUUCGAUGUUGCAUUUGAGCAUCUACGCCAGGCGGUCCGGGAGGACGAUGCAUUGCUGUACACUGAGCCAUGGGGUUGGAUGGUCCCCACGAGACAUGCCUAUGGGGCGCUGUUGCUUGAGCAGGGACAUGUGGAGGAGGCGGCGAGAGCAUAUGCGGAGGACUUGGGGAUUGAGGAUCGGUUGACUCGUGCGCAUCAACAUCCCGGUACCGUGUGGGCGUUGCAUGGGUAUUAUGAGUGUUUGGAGAGGUUGGGAAGACAUGCAGAGGCGAGGAUUAUCAAGCAGCAGUUGGAUGUGGCGGUGGGGGUGGCAGAUGUACACUUCCUUGUUGUAUAGUUCCUCUAUUGAUGAAAUAGAGAUAGACCAGAGGAUAUUCUGGUGUAGCUUGACAACAUACAAACGAUGCCCUGGCC